AACAGAGACCGAGAAAAAGUUAAAAGGUUGAGAGAUCCAGCUCAGUUUUAAAGCUACUUGUUGAUUCUCGAUUUUACACUUUGCACUUGUUGGAGGUUGGCAUGCCCUGGACCAGACCCCAGGUGGACCUUCAUGCUGGUGGAGCGGAGGCCAUGGACCAGUACAACAUAGACGACCACCACUAUGAGGGCUCCCUGUUCCCCACCUCCACCCUCAUCCCCGUCACCGUCAUCUGCAUCCUCAUCUUCAUCAUCGGGGUGACGGGCAACACCAUGACCAUCCUCAUCAUCCAGCACUUCAAGGACAUGAAGACCACCACCAACCUCUACCUGUCCAGCAUGGCGGUGUCUGACCUCAUCAUCUUCCUCUGCCUGCCCUUUGACCUCUACCGCCUAUGGAAGUAUGUGCCCUGGCUGUUUGGCGAGGUGGUUUGCCGCUUAUAUCACUACAUCUUUGAGGGCUGCACCUCGGCCACCAUCCUGCACAUCACGGCCCUGAGCAUCGAGCGCUACCUGGCCAUCAGCUUCCCCCUCAGGAGCAGAGUGGUGGUGACCAGACGCAGAGUCCAGUACAUCAUCCUCGCCCUGUGGGGCUUUGCUCUGGUUUCUGCCGCUCCCACACUCUUCCUGGUUGGGGUGGAGUAUGACAAUGACACACAUCCGGACUACAACACAGGGCAGUGCAAGCACACCAACUACGCCAUCAGCUCCGGGCAGCUACACAUCAUGCUCUGGGUGUCCACCACCUACUUUUUCUGUCCGAUGCUCUGCCUGAUCUUCCUCUACGGCUCCAUUGGUUGCAAGUUGUGGAAAAGCAAAAACGACCUGCAAGGCCCCUGUGCUUUGGCCCGUGAAAGGUCACACAGACAAACAGUCAAGAUCCUGGUGGUGGUGGUGCUGGCCUUCAUCAUAUGCUGGCUGCCCUACCUCAUUGGCAGGAACCUCUUUGCCCAAGUGGAUGACUACGACACGGCCAUGCUGAGCCAGAACUUCAACAUGGCCUCCAUGGUGCUCUGCUACCUGAGCGCCUCCAUCAACCCUGUCGUCUACAACCUCAUGUCUCGGAAGUACAGAGCUGCAGCCAAACGCCUCUUCCUGCUGCACCAGCGGCCCAGACAAGCCCACCGCGGCCAGAGACAGCUCUGCAUGAUUGACCACAUCUCCACCCUGAAUGAAAGUCUGACUGGGGUCUGA